GCUUCUUCUCCUGAAAACAUAACACAAUCGAACUAACUGAAAUUGUAAUAUAAUGAAUCUCUUAUCCAAGAAAAUCACAUGCAAUUCGCAUGGCCAGGACUCAUCCUACUUCCUCGGAUGGCAAGAGUACGAAAAGAAUCCUUACCAUGAGACCCGCAAUCCCAAAGGUAUCAUCCAAAUGGGUCUCGCCGAAAAUCAGCUCUCCUUCGAUCUACUCGAUUCCUGGUUGGCUCAGAACCCGGAAGCCGCCGCCUUUCAGGGUGACAAUGGAGGCGAAUCCAUUUUCCGGCAGCUGGCACUCUUUCAAGAUUAUCACGGCCUUCCUUCCUUCAAGAAGGCUAUGGUUGAGUUUAUGUCAGAAAUCCGAGGAAACAAGGUCUCAUUCGAUUCCCACAACCUCGUCCUAACUGCCGGGUCAACUCCGGCCAACGAGACGCUCAUGUUCUGUCUCACCAAUCCCGGCGACGCUUUCCUAAUCCCCACCCCAUACUACCCAGGAUUUGACAGAGACUUGAAAUGGAGGACCGGAGCAGAGAUUGUUCCCAUUCAGUGUUUCAGCUCCAACGAUUUCAGGAUCACUGAGUCAGCACUGCAAGAAGCUUACUUAUCCGCCAAAAAGCGCAACCUUAAAGUCAAAGGCGUUCUAGUCACCAAUCCUUCCAACCCAUUGGGAACAACGUUCACCCGCGAAGAGCUGGACCUCCUCAUCACUUUCGUCGACGAGAAGGGAAUCCAUCUGAUCAGCGACGAGAUCUACUCCGGCACCGCUUUCAACUCCCCUGCCUUCAUCAGCGCAACGGAGGUUCUCACGGAAAGGAUUAAUAACAAAACUGUCACCCACGACAGUGUGUGGGGCCGGGUCCACAUCGUGUAUAGUCUCUCCAAGGAUCUCGGGCUCCCGGGUUUUCGGGUCGGCGCAAUUUACUCCAACGACGAGAUGGUGGUGUCGGCGGCUACAAAAAUGUCCAGCUUCGGCUUGGUCUCUUCUCAAACGCAACACCUUCUAUCCGCCAUGCUAUCCGACAAAAAGUUCACGAAGAAGUAUUUGAGAGAAAACCAGAAAAGGCUGAAGCAGAGACACGCGAUGUUGGUGGCCGGACUCCGGAAAACUGGCAUCGAUUGCUUGGAGAGCAGCGCCGGACUGUUCUGCUGGGUGGAUAUGAGACAUCUUCUAACAUCACAAACGUUUGAUUCAGAAAUAGAGCUAUGGAAGAAAAUCGUUUACGAAGUCGGGUUAAACAUAUCGCCCGGAUCUUCUUGCCAUUGUUCUGAACCGGGGUGGUUCAGAGUUUGUUUUGCCAACAUGUCCGAGGAAACAUUGAGUCUGGCAUUGGAACGGAUAGAUUCGUUCGUCGCGGAUUCAAAGAAGAACAAGAGGAAAGGAUCCAAAAAAUGGGUUUUCGGGCUAUCGUCAAAUGACGUUCAAAGAGAACGAUAGUCAGUCUAUUAACUAUUCUAACUUAGUUAGCCAUAAAUUAAAGUAAUUAAUUCCUCCCCGGAAUUGUAGAUAUGCUUCUUUUUUACUAAUUUUUCAGUACACACUCCAUAAGUGUUGACUUUUUACUCAAUUGUUUGGUGUUUAUCAUUAUUUUAUGAUGAUCCAGUAAAAGUUGAGUUACUUAAGUAUGCAA